CAACCAAUCCAAGUAGAGACUAGAGAGCGCAGCCGUAACCGUAAUCUCUCUCCUCACAGUUUGAUUGAACUUUGAAACAGUGUUAUUAUGAGAGAGAGCGUUACUCUGCCCUUUGCCGAUAACCGUUUCUUCACCUCAUAAUCCUUUUUUCACUCUUAAUUCUCCCAUUCCGAUGGCUUCAUCUUCAUGUAACUUAGGGACACAAAAUGUUGAAGUAUUGAACUUGCACUUUGGUCAAAAAAGAAUUGGGCUUUCACAACAGUUUGGUACUAAAAAUUGGAUCAGUAGGAAGUCACUGCAGUACACUAGUUUGGUUACGUCACAACAGAGAGUUAGAUCUUUAACCUCGACCAAUGGCCAAUUGGCAGAGAUCCAAUCUGUUUCAAGUUCAGAAGAAGAUUCUGAAGAGAUUAAAUCUUCCGGUUUGGCAAGCGAACUGAUUCCAAAUUUUAAUGAGGUGGAAUUCCUGCUCACUAACUUAUGCGACACAACUUCAAUUGCGGAGCUAGAAUUAAAACUUGACGGGUUUCACCUGCAUGUAGUGAGGGAUUUGACUGAAAAAACUACAACCCUUCCUCCUCCCAUUCCCACUCCUGCAAGUACAAGCAUUGCCGCGGAAGCCCCUAAACCAAAUGGAUUAGUUUCUACAUUGUCAUCAUUGGCCAUCUCAAAAUCGGGACCUUCUUCAGUAUCUAUGCAGGGAUUUCUGGACAAAGCUGCAGAUGAAGGGUUGGUGAUAAUUCAGUCUCCUAAGGUUGGCUUCUUCAGAAGAUCUCGAACGAUAAAGGGAAAACGUGCUCGUCCUUCGUGUAAAGAGAUGCAAAAAGUUGAGGAGGGGCAAGUGAUCUGUUACAUUGAACAGCUUGGUGGGGAGCUGCCAAUUGAGUGUGAUGUGUCCGGGGAGGUUAUCAAGAUUCUAAGAAAGGACGGGGAUCCGGUUGGUUAUGGUGACGCACUUGUAGCAGUAUUGCCGUCAUUUCCUGGAAUAAAGAAGCUUCAAUAGAUCUUUAGGAUUUUUUUCGCUUAGGAAAUGCAUUAAUUCCCUGUAAUUAACUGAUACUAUGAAAACAAGUUAUGUGACAGUCCAAUAGCUUAUAUAUUCCUUGCAGUAUUUAAUACUCAAACUGAGGAUUUUUUUUUCCUAAACAGAAAAGAUAAUAACGAUAAAGAAUUGUUA